ACCAAUUGUUCAAAGUCAAUGAGUAUCCACGAAUUAAUCUGUCACAUCGCCGUGCCCAAAAUAGCCAUGCCUCAGAUCGAGUGCCACUAGGGACUACGGAACCGAACCCUAGUGGGGCUCAAACCGGGACGAUUCACCUUUAAGGUCAAGCCAGGUUAGGGCUGCGUUGCUAGACUCAAACAAGCUAUUUUCCUUUGGGAGGACGGAGUUCGUCGAGUUUCACAUGUGGAGAAACGAUUGUCGCGCGAAGCCCUCUGGUUUCCAUGGGUGGCAGGUCGGAUACGAAGUGCCAGGAAUCGUCGGCAUGUUGUCGGCGAAAAUCAGUUCCUUUGGCGGUGCCAAGAUUGUUGGGGUUGGAGCGUGUUGGAUACGAAGGAUUUUGGUGUUAUACCUGGGGUAGGUUUGAAAUAGAGGCAUUUUUCACUUGGUGUUUAUCGGAAACUUGGGUUGAUUCAACUGAUAUGAUGCUGUCCCUGGUUUGUUUCUUCUUUGGGUUGUGAUCUGUGCUGUGUGAAGAUACUUAGGGGAGUGGGUCGCUGACAAUAGUGUCUGGAUAUCCAAUCGUAGGCAUUUGGCGACAUGACAUCCUCGGGACUUUGCUGUCUGUUCCUACUCUUCUGUCAUUGCUUACCGUGUGCUUCUGCCG